AAGCUGGGCUCCAAGCAGAGCCUGGGGGCUGACCAGAGUCAAAGUGACCCCGAGCCCAGGGAGGACCAGAGGUCGUCAGGCCAGACCCAGGCCAGACAGGGGGUCUGUUGGACCACCACCAGCCCCUCCGGACACAGAGUAGCCACCAUGGGGGACCAGACCACAGACCCUGGCCCCGUCCUGGCCUUCAGAGCCACAGACCCUGUCAGUCAAACUGUGAGCAUACCAACCAGCAACAUGGUUGCUAACAACGUGGUUGUUAAUAAAGUUUAGUUUUCUUGCUACUUUUGCAGAUUUCAACAUUUUGACUUCCUAGACGUGUGAUAUGUAAAAGUAGCUCUUCUGCCUUGUCUGUGUGAGCAGGUUGUGAUCACGCGGGAGGACAAGGUGAUAUCUGUGCUGGACAGAGACGGGACGGUGAUCGUGGACCAUGCAGACGGAACCAGGAUCACUACCCUGUACCAGGAGAGAGAGGCUCUCUGUGGCUGGUCCCAUCAACACAUUAACACAGGUACCCAACACCCGUAACCCUAACUCUAACCCUGUACCAGGAGAGAGUGACUCUCUGUGGCUGGUCCCAUCAGCACAUUAACACAGGUACCCAACACCCCUAACCCUAACUCUGUACCAGGAGAGAGUGACUCUCUGUGGCUGGUCCCAUCAGCACAUUAACACAGGUAUCCAACACCCCUAACCCUAACUCUAACCCUGUACCAAGAGAGAGUGACUCUCUGUGGCUGGUCCCAUCAGCACAUUAACACAGGUACCCAACACCCCUAACCCUAACUCUAACCCUGUACCAGGAGAGAGUGACUCUCUGUGGCUGGUCCCAUCAACACAUUAACACAGGUACCCAACACCCCUAACCCUAACUCUAACCCUGUACCAGGAGAGAGUGACUCUCUGUGGCUGGUCCCAUCAACACAUUAACACAGGUACCCAACACCCCUAACCCUAACUCUAACCCUGUAACAGGAGAGAGUGACUCUCUGUGGCUGGUCCCAUCAACACAUUAACACAGGUUAAAGGCUAUGCUACUAACUGCUACCUGGUCUGAUACAGUAGUAGUGUGUAUUCUGUGUUACCAGGACAGAGACAACAGUGUGUGUAGGAAGGACGGUGCGUGGUGUGAUAAUGUAUACGUUGUGUUACCAGGACAGAGACAACAGUGUGUGUAGGAAGGAUGGUGCAUGGUGUGAUAAUGUAUACGUUGUGUUACCAGGACAGAGACAACAGUGUGUAGGAAGGAUGGUGCAUGGUGUGAUAAUGUAUACGUUGGGUUACCAGGACAGAGACAACAGUGUGUGUAGGAAGGAUGGUGCGUGGUGUGAUAAUGUAUACGUUGUGUUACCAGGACAGAGACAACAGUGUGUGUAGGAAGGACGGUGCGUGGUGUGAUAAUGUAUACGUUGUGUUACCAGGGGAGAGGUCCAGCAGCAGUGUCUGUCAUAAGGAGAAGUUGGUGAUGGUGGAGCGGCCGGGGUUUGCCACGGUAGCCAUGUUCAGCGAGGACAGGUCCUGCAAAGUGUUCUUUGGAGACGGGAGCGUCGUCACCGCCACCUGCAACGGAGCCUACCACGUAAGAGAAACCGGGGGUGAAUGUUAAAAGUUCCUCCUCCAUUCCUCCCGUCCUCUUCCCACCUCCUUCUCAAAAUGUAGAGCGCAUCGGAGGAGAAGAUCCAAGCUUCUUUUCACGAGUCUACCAAAUGACUGUGUUCUGAGGUGCUAUAUCCAUUCUAGGUGACUCUCCAUGUCCCUGUGUCCCCUCUAGGUGUACCCGUCCAGUGUAGGUCUGCUGUUGAUCAACCAGGACGGUAGUUGUGUGUACAGGUCCGACCCUGAGCACAGCCCAACCCUGAGUCUGGCCAGCUGGAGUCCCAGAGAGCAGCCAGGCAGCUACAGGAUGGACCACACCUCCACCUCAGACACACUGUGUGAGGUCACAGACCACCACGGGAACCUCUUCCAGGUGGGCCAGUUCUAAAUGCGUCCCAAAUGACACCCCUGUUCCCUAUACAGUGAGGGAAAAAAGUAUUUGAUCCCCUGCUGAUUUUGUACGUUUGCCCACUGACAAAGAAAUGAUCAGUAUAUCAUUUUAAUGGUAGGUUUAUUUGAACAGUGAGAGACAGAAUAACAACAAAAAAAUCCAGAAAAACGCAUGUCAAAAAUGUUAUGAAUUUAUUUGCAUUUUAAUGAGGGAAAUAAGUAUUUGACCCCCUCUCAAUCAGAAAGAUUUCUGGCUCCCAGGUGUCUUUUAUACAGGUAACGUGCUGAGAUUAGGAGCACACUCUUAAAGGGAGUGCUCCUAAUCUCAGUUUGUUACCUGUAUAAAAGACACCUGUCCACAGAAGCAAUCAAUCAAUCAGAUUACAAACUCUCCACCAUGGCCAAGACCAAAGAGCUCUCCAAGGAUGUCAGGGACAAGAUUGUAGACCUACACAAGGCUGGAAUGGGCUACAAGACCAUCGCCAAGCAGCUUGGUGAGAAGGUGACAACAGUUGGUGCGAUUAUUCGCAAAUUGAAGAAACACAAAAGAACUGUCAAUCUCCCUCGGCCUGGGGCUCCAUGCAAGAUCUCACCUCGUGGAGUUGCAAUGAUCAUGACAACGGUGAGGAAUCAGCCCAGAACUACACGGGAGGAUCUUGUCAAUGAUCUCAAGGCAGCUGGGACCAUAGUCACCAAGAAAACAAUUGGUAACACACUACUCCGUGAAGGACUGAAAUCCUGCAGCGCCCGCAAGGUCCCCCUGCUUAAGAAAGCACAUAUACAGGGCCGUCUGAAGUUUGCCAAUGAACAUCUGAAUGAUUCAAAGGAGAACUGGGUGAAAGUGUUGUGGUCAGAUGAGACCAAAAUGGAGCUCUAUGGCAUCAGCUCAACUCGCCGUGUUUGGAGGAGGAGAAAUGCUGCCUAUGACCCCAAGAACACCAUCCCCACCGUCAAACAUGGAGGUGGAAACAUUAUGCUUUGGGGGUGUUUUUCUGCUAAGGGGACAGGACAACUUCACCGCAUCAAAGGGACGAUGGACGGGGCCAUAUACCGUCAAAUCUUGGGUGAGAACCUCCUUCCCUCAGCCAGGGCAUUGAAAAUGGGUCGUGGAUGCGUAUUCCAGCAUGACAAUGACCCAAAACACACGUCUAAGGCAACAAAGGAGUGGCUCAAGAAGAGGCACAUUAAGGUCCUGGAGUGGCCUAGCCAGUCUCCAGACCUUAAUCCCAUAGAAAAUCUGUGGAGGGAGCUGAAUGUUCGAGUUGCCAAACGUCAGCCUCGAAACCUUAAUGACUUGGAGAAGAUCUGCAAAGAGGAGUGGGACAAAAUCCCUCCUGAGAUGUGUGCAAACCUGGUGGCCAACUACAAGAAACGUCUGACCUCUGUGAUUGCCAACAAGGGUUUUGCCACCAAGUACUAAGUCAUGUUUUGCAGAGGGGUCAAAUACUUAUUUCCCUAAUUAAAAUGCAAAUCAAUGUAUAACAUUUAUGACAUGCGUUUUUCUGGAUUUUGUUGUUGUUAUUCUGUCUCUCACUGUUCAAAUAAACCUACCAUUAAAAUUAUAGACUGAUCAUGUCUUUGUCAGUUGGCAAACGUACAAAAUCAGCAGGGGAUCAAAUACUUUUUUCCCUCACUGUAUAUAGUGCACUACUUAUAGCCUGGUCCCAGAUCUGUUUGUGCUGUCUUGCCAUUUGGCUUGACAAUGACCAUAGGAUUUGGUAAGACAGCACAAACAGAUCUGGGACCAGGGCAUAAGGCACUGACCAUAAUUUGUGCACUAUAUAAGGAAUAGGGUGAGAUUCCAGACAGUUUGUUUUCCCAUCAGGCCAAGUGUUCAGAGGAUUAUUGUACGAUACACUGAACUCUGCAAGCCCCGGGAAUUUUCAUUUUGAAAACUUGUUUGACAAAGUGGAUUAGGAAACAUCACUGUAGGAUUCAUAGGGCAUUUGUAGGGCAUGGUGGAGUUAUAGUAUCAGUGUAUCAAAUCUUCCUGUGUGCAGGUGAUGAAGGAUGGCCGGACGUCAGUGGAGAUCUCUAGCCCUCUGGACAGCAGAGUGGAGGAGGAAGAGAUGGAGGAGGAAGGACGGCAUCCAGAAGAGAGAGAGUUGGCCAAGCAUUAUAUUGGACGUAAAGUCCACAUUCCAAGGUAGGCUUCAGUAACUCUGCUCCCCAUCUGUACAGUGUAACUCGUUUUUUAUUCCAAUGUCCCCCAGUUAGGCACCUUUUUACCCCUUUAGUGUUCCAGCUGGGCUGAAGCAUGAUGGGUACUCUCAUUCUCUAUAUCCAUAAUAAAUGUCCAGGUUGUUCAUGGCCCAUGAGGAUGGUUCAGGCACAGAGCUGCUGUACUCUCAGACAGUAGAGGAACGUCUGUAUGAGGACCACUCUGACCCUGCUGUCGCCCUGCUUAAAGAACCCCUCCCAGACCUACAGGGUAGGAUUCCAUCCAUUUCCAAUCAUGUUGGCUGUACUCUACCUCCAUAGACCUGUGUUUCCUCCUUGUUGACCCAUAGACACGUCUGUGGUCUCCUCCCUGUCCUGCAGGUGUGCUGGGUAUAACGGUGCUGAGACCCUGUCUUCAGGACGUGUGGUCCAGAUGGGUCAUCCAGAAACAAAACAAGGAUAUCAUCCCCACCAACCUCAAGUCCCGCCGCUGGGACAACUUCCCCUCAGUAGAGGUAGGCAGACAGAGAAAAUGAAAGAGAAAAUGCACUUGAAAUAGACGCGUAAAGUAUUAGCAAAUCAUGCUAGUUUUCACGUUUACUUGAAUUUAAGGUCAUUUUAUGCAUGGUCAAAACAAACACACUUUAGUCAUAGGGUGUGAUGAUUUUGAUGCCUUCAAAAUUAUAAUAAAAUAAACCACUUUAUGCCCUAAAAAAACUAUUCUUUAAACAUCUACUGUACACCACCACCCCCAGAGGAAGACGCCAGGCCCUCCGUUCGGGACCACCCUGGGCCGGGGUCUGACCCUGAGAGAGAAGCCUGUUUCUGAGGCCUGCAGGCCCGUGCUGAGCUGUCCUGAUACCCUGGAGGUCCGACAGCUGCUCCAGUACCAGCCAGUCAGCAGACAACUCCGCAGGACUCUGGAGUCACGCCUCAGGGUACAGCACUAUAGCUCACUGCUAUGUGGAUUCUUUAACGCCGUCUCCAUUAAAGCAGCUUUAACCCAGUGUAGAAGCAGAUAUAGUCCAAUGUCAGGCCAUAAUCAUAAUUCUUAUUUGGUGGGUGCUUAUAUUGCUCCUAUUUCACAAAUGUACAAGUGUGUAUUAUACAGUGGCUUGCGAAAGUAUUCACCCCCCUUGGCAUUUUUCCUAUAUUGUUGCCUUACAACCUGGAAUUUUUGGGGGGGUUUGUAUCAUUUGAUUUACACAACAUGCCUACCACUUUUAAGGUGCAAAAUAAUUUUUAUUGUGAAACAAACAAGAAAUAAGACAAAAAAAACAGAAAACUUGAGCGUGCAUAACUAUUCACCCCCCCAAAGUCAAUACUUUGUAGAGCCGCCUUUUGCAGCAAUUACAGCUGCAAGUCUCUUGGGGUAUGUCUCUAUAAGCUUGGCACAUCUAGCCACUGGGAUUUUUGCCCAUUCUUCAAGGCAAAACUGCUCCAGCUCCUUCAAGUUGGAUGGGUUCCGCUGGUGUACAGCAAUCUUUAAGUCAUACCACAGAUUCUCAAUUGGAUUGAGGUCUGGGCUUUGACUAGGCCAUUCCAAGACAUUUAAAUGUUUCCCCUUAAACCACUCAAGUGUUGCUUUAGCAGUAUGCUUAGGGUCAUUGUCCUGCUGGAAGGUGAACCUCCGUCCCAGUCUCAAAUCUCUGGAAGACUGAAACAGGUUUCCCUCAAGAAUUUCCCUGUAUUUAGCGCCAUCCAUCAUUCCUUUAAUUCUGACCAGUUUCCCAGUCCCUGCCGAUGAAAAACAUCCCCACAGCAUGAUGCUGCCACCACCAUGCUUCACUGUGGGGAUGGUGUUACAUUUACAUUUUAGUCAUUUAGCAGACGCUCUUAUCAGUGUUCUCGGGGUGAUGAGAGGUGUUGGGUUUGCGCCAGACAUAGCGUUUUCCUUGAUGGCAUAAAAGCUCAAUGUUAGUCUCAUCUGACCAGAGUACCUUCUUCCAUAUGUUUGGGGAGUCUCCCACAUGCCUUUUGGCGAACCCCAAACGUGUUUGCUUAUUUUUUUCUUUAAGCAAUGGCUUUUUUCUGGCCACUCUUCCGUAAAGCCCAGCUCUGUGGAGUGUACGGCUUAAAGUGGUCCUAUGGACAGAUAAUCCAAUCUCCGCUGUGGAGCUUUGCAGCUCCUUCAGGGUUAUCUUUGGUCUCUUUGUUGCCUCUGAUUAAUGCCCUCCUUGCCUGGUCUGUGAGUUUUGGUGGGCGGCCCUCUCUUGGAGGCUCGCAUCUACUACAAGACCAUGGUGCUUGCCUACGGAGCUGUGAGGGGAAUGGCACCUCCUUACCUUCAGGCUCUGAUCAGACCCUACACCCAAACGAGGGCACUACGUUCAUCCACCUCUGGCCUGCUAGCUCCCCUACCUCUACGGAAGCACAGUUCCCGCUCAGCCCAGUCAAAGCUAUUUGCUGCUCUGGCACCCCAAUGGUGGAACAAGCUCCCCCACGACGCCAGGACAGCGGAGUCACUGACCACCUUCCGGAGACACUUGAAACCCUACCUCUUUAAGGAAUACCUGGAAUAGUAUAAAGUAAUCCUUCUACUCCCCCACCCCCCCAUAAAAAAAAAAAGAAAUACAAAACAAGUGGUUGUCCCACUGGCUAUCAUAAGUUGAAUGCACCAAUUUGUAAGUCACUCUGGAUAAGAGUGUCUGCUAAAUGAUGUAAAUGUAAAUGUUGUGGUGCCAUAUUCUUUCCAUUUUUUAAUAAUGGAUUUAAUGGUGCUCCGUGGGAUGUUAAAAGUUUCGGAUAUUUUUUUAUAACCCAACCCUGAUCUGUACUUCUCCACAACUUUGUCCCUGACCUGUUUGGAGAGCUUCUUGGUCUUCAUGGUGCCGCUUGCUUGGUGGUGCCCCUUGCUUAGUGGUGCCCCUUGCUUAGUGGUGUUGCAGACUCUGGGGCCUUUCAGAACAGGUGUAUAUAUACUGAGAUCAUGUGACACUUAGAUUGCACACAGGUGGACUUUAUUUAACUAAUUAUGUGACUUCUGAAGGUAAUUGGUUGCACCAUAUCUUAUUUAGGGGCUUCAUAGCAAAGGGGGUGAAUACAUAUGCACGCACCACUUUUCCGUUAUUUAUUUGUUCGAAUUUUUUGAAACAAGUUAUUUUUUUUUAUGUCACUUCACCAAUUUGGACUAUUUUGUGUAUGUCCAUUACAUGAAAUCCAAAUAAAAAUCAAUUUAAAUUACAGGUUGUAAUGCAACAAAAUAGGAAAAACGCCAAGGGGGAUGAAUACUUUUGCAAGGCACUGUAUGCAUGUGUGAAUUGGAAAUGUGUUUUGUUGCAUAUCCCAACUCCCCCUGAGACACUCUCGGAGAGUAGGGUCACAGCCAGGGUCAGACAUUAUUAACAGCGACCCUGGAGCAGUUAGGGCUAAGUGCCUUGCUCAAGGGCACAUCAACAUAUUUCUUUCACAUUGUCAGCUCAGGGAUUCGAACCAGAGACCUUUCAGUUGCUGUCCCAAUGCUCUAACUGCUAGGCUAUCUUAAUAUAGAUGUUCCAUCACAACAUGCAUGUGUUUGGUAUGUGGUGUAAUCUGUAUGUCAACAUGCGGUCCCCCUCCUGUACCUGGUCUUGUCUCAACAUGUGGUCCCCCUCCUGUACCUGGUCUUGUCUCAACAUGUGGUCCCCCUCCUGUACCUGGUCUUGUCUCAACAUGUGGUCCCCCUCCUGUACCUGGUCUUGUCUCAACAUGUGGUCCCCCUCCUGUACCUGGUCUUGUCUCAACAUGUGGUCCCCCUCCUGUACCUGGUCUUGUCUCAUCAUGUGGUCCCCCUCCUGUACCUGGUCUUGUCUCAACAUGUGGUCCCCCUCCUGUACCUGGUCUUGUCUCAACAUGUGGUCCUCCUCCUGUACCUGGUCUUGUAGGAGUACAUGGAGCAGGUUGUCCAGAGAGAGAACCUGUCAGAGAAGAUGCAGUUGAAGGACCCUCGUACUGAGGAGGAGAAGGUCCACGCUGCUGACCUGCUCAAACUGGUCCUGGUGAGUAAGUACACGAUCACACACACACACACACACACGUACUGAGGAGGAGAAGGUCCACGCUACUGACCUGCUCAAAUAUGUCAGUAUUACUCAGGUACUGUAGUAUUAAGUUACUCAGGUACUGUAGUAUGAAGUUACUCAGGUGCUGAAGUAUGAAGUUACUCGGGUGCUGUAGUGUACUGUUACUCGGGUAAUGUAGUAUUCUGUUACUCAGGUGCUCUAGUAUUCUGUUACUCAGGUGCUGAAGUAUUCUGUUACUCAGGUGCUGUAGUAUUAUGUUACUCAGGUGCUGUAGUAUUAUGUUACUCAGGUGCUGUAGUAUUCUGUUACUCAGGUGUUGUAGUAUUCUGUUACUCAGGUGCUGUAAUAUUCUGUUACUCAGGUGCUGUAGUAUUAUGUUACUCAGGUGCUGUAGUAUUCUGUUACUCAGCUGCUGUAGUAUUCUGUUACUCAGGUGCUGUAGUAUUCUGUUACUCAGGUGCUGUAGUAUUCUGUUACUCAGGUGCUGUAGUAUUCUGUUACUCAGGUGCUGUAGUAUUCUGUGACACCAUGUGCAUUUCUUCUUCCUCAGUCACUUCCAGAGUCAGAGCACCCCACUAUAGAGAACAGAAUCUUCCCCGGUGAGUCCUUCAUUUUGGCUUGGAGAUUAUUUCCUAGCUGUAGCAAUGAAUUGGAGUAAGGGAAAAGGAAUGGUGAGUUGAAUAGGGAGUGUGUUUGUGUUUGUUCCACCCCAGUGGAUGUAGCCACCAUGUACACCCAGGCACUGAUGACUCCAGCCCUGCAGACUGAGGCCUCUCUCUCAGAGAAAGACACAGACAGGUGGGUCAGAACUAGCCUGGUCCUAGAUCUGUAUCAUGUGGUCCUCUGUAGCUCAAUUGGUAGAGCACGGCGAUGGAACGCCAGGGUAGUGGGUUCGAUCCCCGGGACCACCCAUACGUAAAAAUGUAUGCACACAUGACUGUAAGUCGCUUUGGAUAAAAGCAUCUGCUAAAUGGCAUAUUAUUAUUAUUAUUAUUAUUAUUAUUAUUAUUAUUAUUAUCAUAACUAACCUGAUCCUAGAUCUGUAUCAUAACUAACCUGAUCCUAGAUCUGAAUCAUAACUAACCUGAUCCUAGAUCUGUAUCAUAACGAGAUCUGUAUCAUAACUAGCCUGGUCCUAGAUCAUUAUCAUAACUAGCCUGAUCCUAGACAUGUUUCAUAACUAGAUCUGCAUCAUAACUAGCCUGCUCCUAGAUCUGUAUCCUAACUAUAUCUGUAUCAUAACUAGAUCUGUAUCAUAACUAGCCUGCUCCUAGAUCUGUAUCCUAACUAUAUCUGUAUCAUAACUAGAUCUGUAUCAUAACUAGCCUGCUCCUAGAUCUGUAUCCUAACUAUAUCUGUAUCAUAACUAGAUCUGUAUCAUAACUAGCCUGCUCCUAGAUCUGUAUCAUAACUAGCCUGCUCCUAGAUCUGUAUCCUAACUAUAUCUGUAUCAUAACUAGAUCUGUAUCAUAACUAGCCUGCUCCUAGAUCUGUAUCCUAACUAUAUCUGUAUCAUAACUAGAUCUGUAUCAUAACUAGCCUGCUCCUAGAUCUGUAUCCUAACUAUAUCUGUAUCAUAACUAGAUCUGUAUCAUAACUAGCCUGCUCCUAGAUCUGUAUCAUAACUAGAUCUGUAUCCUAACUAACCUGAUCUUAGAUCUGUAGGUCAUCUUUCUCACGAGUCUCUUAUUAGUUGCUAUCUUAUCUUAUCCCUGUACUAAUGGGCUUAGUUAAGCUGUGAACAGAAACAUCUCCAGCUUUUGAACCUUUUCCAUUAUCUUAUCAUCAUAUUACAAUCUGCUGUUUUACAGCUUCAGUGAAGAGGCACAGGAAACUAUGUGGAAGAGCAGGAUAGAGCAACACAGGUAACUAACUAACUGCUCUGUAUCGUAGAGCUGACAUAGUUGACAUUCCCAUCUUUUCCCAGGAAUAUUUAUGUUGCUGUACUGUUCAGACAGGAGCUGGACCAGGAGAAGAUGUACAGAGAGGCUCUAAGGAACAGAAUCAUUCCUCCGUAUUUCCACUCAGAGAAAGGAGCAGGUUUUGAGUACUCAGAGGAGGUGACAGAGCUUUCUCAUCAAUUGAUUGUAUUCAGCACAGCUACGUAAUGCCUGUUAACAGUUCCAUUAGAUUCAUUAAUAUGUUUCGAUUGUCCCACAGCCCAGCCAGUCAAUUUAUAAACUUCAUCUCCCCUGGAAAAGAGUGUCUAGACAAUAUUUCCCCAUGCUACUAGCCUAGCAUUUGGUUUGGUACAGAGGGUGUUAAUAUAAGCUUCACUGUGUACCUCUCCGACUUGUGCAACAUAUUGUAGAUUGUAUUCAGCUCAGCUACUGUACGUGUAUAAAACAACUAUCUGUGUUUUCCUGUCAGGUCCCUGAUAUGAGAUCUCUGUCUCAGGACCUUCCUCCGUUCCCCAAGACUCCCAACUCCCAGAACUACCUCAAGGAUGCCCCACGAGAGACAGGUUAAAACUAGGCUACAUUUAUAACAAUACUAAUGAUGUUGAUUAUACAGUAUUGAAGCAUCUUUUAAAGCAUUGUGUAAUUUUAUCCUUCAUUAAGAAAGUGACCCUGUUUUGCAUGUUAUUUGUUUUUGUGUGUGUUCUUGAAGCAGCCCAGCGACCUCUGAACCCCACGCCCUCUCACGCAGCAGGAAGUGAUGCGCUGCCUGUCAGGAGACCCACUAACCCCACCCCUCAAACUGCAGGUCUGCUCAGUACACGUCUUAGACUUGGGUUAGUGUUAGAGUUAGGGUAAGAGUGGUGACAGCUAGUCUUACUGGGGUCCGAGACAUAACGAAAAAGACAUUACAGACAAAAUACUUUACAAUUUGCAUACAUUUAAAAACAUUAACAUGUAGUGUGUGUGUGUGUGUGUGUGCAUCUAUCAGUUCCACAUACAUGUUAGUACAUACACACAACAAGUAGGUCACAUGGGGGAGAGGCAUGGUGCCGUGAGGUGUUGCUAUAAUUGUUUUUUGAAACCAGGUUUGCUGUUCCUUGCUCUAUAUAAGAUGGAAGGGAGUUCCAUGCACUCAUGGCUCUGUAUAAUACUGUACUUGAAUUAAAAUUAGAGGAGAACAGAUAAUGAUCAAAUAUGUUUAUGAAAAAUAUUAGAAAGAUGCGAAUACAUUUCCGGGCAGACUACCAAGUUUUAUUUCCUCACGUGUUUCGCUCUGUGGUUGCCAGGCGAGCUCGCUCAUUCCACCCACACUGCUACUAAGCCAGGCAGGUACAGAACUGACUGAUUAGGCGCCACCAAACAUCACAUCGAUAGCUAAACUGCCGGGCAAAUGUAGAUUCAACCCUGCCUUUUGUGCAUAUGGAAAAUAUCUAGGAUAUUUUAUUUCAACUCAUGAAACAUGGGACCAACACUUUACAUGUUGCGUUUGAUAUUUUUGUUCAGUAUAGUUUACCCACCUUUUUACCACUACAUCACUGGACCCAACCAACCCCCACUGUGUGAGGUGCAAAAGCAUGUGUCAGACUUUGACAUUGUGAGCCUGGGUGAAUCAGCAGCCCUGAAGAGACACAUGAAGGGGAGGAGAAACACCGCUACAUCCUGCGCUGACGCCCGUUCUACAUGAUGGGACUUUUUCUCUGCAACAAACUCCAGAGCCCUCUGAUUACAAUGAAGAGCAAGACAUGCCGCUCUGUUCUGGUCCAGCUGCAGCUUAACCAGUUAAACUCUGAGUGGUUGUUUUGGGCCCUGUACAAGGCCCGGUGAGUUGGGGUGGGGGGAUCAUCAUCAGAAAAUAGAAAGUUACAUAUCAUUUGAAAGCUACAGGACUUGUCUUUUUGGAAAUAGAACUCAAAUCUUACUGCUGGCGAUGUCAUAAGAAUCUCCCCACCGCCCAUAAAGGCCAUAAACACUCAUUCACACACACACACUGUGACGUACAUACACACAGACAAACACUCACUCACAUACUCACGCGCACAUGUUCACACACUGGUGUUCAUCACCCACCCAGUGAGAGGUGCAUAUGUCGAUUGAGGACAGCAUUCAUGGUAUCUCUACAGUGGAGCAGCAGCAUGGUGGUGGGAUGGAGCCUGGCAGAACCCAGGUGGACGUGGCAGGGAACCCACGCAGACACAGAGUCAAGCUGCCAGCCUCCAUCCUCAGCUCCAAACCCUUCAGCGUGCCCAACCAGCAGGUACCACACACACACACACACACACACACACACACACAUACACUGUGACGUACAUACAUACACACACACAAACACUCACUCACACACAGACUCACACACACACACACUGUGACGUACAUACGUACACACAGACAAACACUCACACACACACACACACACACACACUGUGACAUACAUACAUACACACACACACAAACAUUCACUCGCAUACUCACGCGCACAGGUGCACACACUAGUGUUCAUCACCCACCCAGUGAGAGGUGCAUAUGUCGAUUGAGGAAAUGUUUCUGACUGUAGGUGUGAAUGUUGUGAAUUGAGUGUGGGCUGGGGGACAAAUGUGUGGGCUGUGGGACAUAUGGGGUGUGGGCUGGGGGACAUAUGGGGUGUAGGCUGGGGGACAUAUGGGGUGUGGGCUGGGGGACAUAUGGGGUGUGGGCUGGGGGACAUAUGUGUGGGCUGGGGGGACAUAUGUGGUGUGGGCUGGGGGACAUAUGGGGUGUGGGCUGGGGGACAUAUGUGUGGGCUGGGGGUACAUAUGUGUGGGCUGGGGGACAUAUGUGUAGGCUGGAGGGACAUAUGGGGUGUGGGCUGGGGGACAAAUGGGGUGUGGGCUGGGGGACAUAUGUGUGGGCUGGGGGACAUAUGGGGUGUGGGCUGGGGGACAUAUGGGAAGUGUGCUCCAUAGUAUGUAUGUGUGUGACUGACUGAGGCCUAGAUGUAAUCUGUAUCAUGGAAGAUCUGCGCUACAGCGCGAUUUACAUUUUAAGGCAAUGUUCCCGCGUUCACGGUAAACGCUGCAUAUGGCGGCUCAAUAGGAAAUUACCUUUACAUUUCAGUGGCACUAUAACGCGGAUCUUCCGCGAUACGGAUUUAAUCUAGCUCUGGGUCUUCUGGAUGCCACAAGACUGUGUUAUCCUGCUGAGCUCAAGACUAGGCAGUAGCCCAGGGAACUAACACAAGUCUUCAUGUCCAGGUCAAGGUUGAUACACUGAACCACGUCUGUUAACAGUAAUGUAUCUGUCGUGUCAGUUCUUGUUCCAUAACACAUAGCUUACUGAGCUAGAGCCUGGCCAUUACCAUGGGAAGCUAACACAAGUCUGGCUCUCAGUUCCUGUGUGUAGAGGAGCCGGUGAGGAGGAAGGUGAAGACAGUGUCUGUGACGGGGGGGCAGCAGCUCGCCCCGCGGGGGUUUGAGCUCCUCCCAGCAGAGGUCCAGUUUGGGACCCUAAAGGAGGGCUGCACCUACAGCGUCCCGGUGCUCAUGAAGAACGUGGGCUUCCACACCUGCAGGUCAGACCAGAUACCUACACAGUUAGAAAUAGAUCCAUGAAAAUUAGUAUGGCUGUUUGUUUGUAUAGACAUUUCUGUCAAAAAUGGUGGUGUGAAAAUGAGAAGGUUCAAGGUCUUGGUUGUCGUCAUUGUGUGUUCUUCUCCGUCUGUGUUCUGGAAAGUUCAGUGAGUGUUCUGUGUUGUGGUACUUUAGAUUCAGCGUGAAACAGCCUUCCCCUGGUACUGGAAUCAGAGUCAUCUACACCCCUGGACCUGUAAGUUCUACUGAGCAGAGUGAUAGUUACUGUAGUCAGCUUUAUUCAAUAUACAAACUGAACAUUUCCAAUUGUUUUCUUUGAGGAUGUUCUAGAUUCAUGAAUUUCAUUCCACUUCACUUCCUGAUAUGACUAAAUUGACCUCUGACCCCUGUUGCAGGUGGCUGCUGGGAUGAAGACAGAGCUUCAGGUGGAGCUGUAUGCCAUGGCUAUAGGUCUGGAGGAGCCUGCAGAGGGAGAGGUCUACGUCUCACACCACAUCCACAUCAAGACUGAGAGUGAGAUCCUCUACCUGCCUGUCUCAGCUAAUAUCCUUCUCAAAUGGCUUUUAGCCCCACUUUAUUUGGAUAGUCCCCUACAGAUAACUUCCUAGGGUUAGCAAUAUGUACAAUAGAGUUGGUAGCCUUAGUGAUGUUUUCAUUGUGCAGUGAGAGAUCUUCCCUUAUUGUACAAUAGUACACUAGUGGUGUACAGUAUGGUUAUAGAAUAGCUCAAGUGAGGACAUGAUUGGUUUUUACAGAGUUAAUGGCAAAGGGCAAACGUUCUCUCAGUGAAAGCAGCGAUGGUCUCUGUUGUCCCCUCCUUAACGAGUGGUCUCACCCAUCCUCCCUGAGCGUCUGUAUGACAGCAGGACCAAGGAUCAUACCAACUGGCUCCAGACAGGGGUGUCCAAGGUCCGCCUCAUCUCCUCCACCCCC